AUGGCUACCCCUAGUGUCCUCGCGUUUGACGCUCAGGGUCGAGCCAUUGACUUUGAGGUCUGGGUCGAUGACCUGCAGCUGUUCUUACAGUGCGAUAGGGCAGACGGUCUCUCUCUCUUUGACCUCACCUCUGGCGCCUCUCCUGCCCCUGCUGCUGAUGCUGACCCCACUGUUUGCUCCCAGUGGGCCAUGCGCGAUGCUGCUGCAUGUCUUGCUGUGCGUCGCCACCUGCCUACCACUGAGCGCGCGCACUUUAGUCAGUACAAGAGUGCUCAGACCUUGUACGACGCUGUAGUUGCGCGCUACUCUUCCCCUGCCACUGCUGCACUGAGCCGCCUCAUGCUACCGUACCUCUUCCCUGGCCUUGCUGCCUUUCCCACAGUUGCUGACCUCAUUACGCACCUCCGCACUCUUGACACUCGCUACCGCGCCGCGCUUCCUGCUGAGGACCACUUCCUCUCAGUCUGUCCCACCACUCUCACUGUUGACCUCUUAGAGAAGGCCCUCCUAGCAGCGGAGAAGAGCAUAGUCGCUGUAGGAGCCUCUCGUGGUGACCCUCGCACCCCCAUCUUUGAGGGGUGUUCUCCUUCCCCACUUUUGCCCUCUGUCGCCUCUGCCGCUGCGGCCGACCUCGUUGGUCUUGAGUCGGUCGGUGCGGCGUCUGCCCCUAGCGGGAGACGCCGCUCUGGCAAGGGCAAGGGGGGCAAGGGCGCGGGUGGAGCUAGCGGGGGCGGUGGAGGUGGCGGUGGAGGCGGCGGAGGGAGUGGGGGUGGCGGUGGGAGUGGUGGCGGGGGUGUAGGUGUUGGUGGCACCGGUGGAGGCGGAGGCGGCGGCGGUGCUAGCGGAGGCGGCGGUGGUGGCGGAGGUGGAGGAGGCGGUGGUGGAGGAGGUGGCGGUGGUCGGGGUGGCGCUUUGCAGCGGAGCAGCCCUGGUGAUGGCGUAGCUAUCUAUGAUCUUGACUUUGAUGCUAUCCUUGCUGCCAUUUAUGCUGUGACUAUUAGUGAUGAGGGUGACUGUUACCGGUGUUUCCCGCCCGACCCGGGCAUUGGUACUGCUGCUCUAGGUGCUGGUGAGGCUGCUGCUCUAGGUGCCAGUGCGUCUGCGCCCUCAGGUGCUGGUGAAUCUGCGCUCUCAGGUACCACGUCGGCUUCGGCCUCCCUCACCUUCACACUUGACUCAGGUGAUUCUCGCUCCUUCUUUCGAGACCGCACCACACUCACGCCGCUUGGUCGGCCGGUUGCAGUCUCCCUGGCAGACCCCUCUGGGGGCCCUGUCCUCUCUCACUUCUCCACUGUCCUCCCGUGUCCGGCUGCCCCCUCUGGCACCUUGUCUGGUCUUUACCUCCCAUCAUUCUCUACGAACUUGGUGAUAGGUGCUGACCUGCAGGAUACGGGGGUUCACCAGUUUACUCCUGCGAGUCAGCGGGUGACCAACUGCUCGGACGCUCGCACAGGCCGGCACCUGGCCACGUUUACGCGUCGACCGGGGUCGAGCCUCUAUACCCUGACCACUGGGUCUCCUCCUGUCCCUGCAUCUAGCCAGGUAGCUGCGUCGGGUCAGGUGUUUGCUGCAGCGUCCAGGUCUGGUCCUGAGUCUGCCCCCUGCUCGUGUCGCCUCCUGUCUCACGAGACUCUCCUGUGGCACCACCGUCUUGGUCACCCCUCCCUGCCUCGUCUCCGAGGCAUGGCUUCCCGUGUCCUUGUCUCUGGUCUCCCCCGGUCCCUCACUCCCUUUCCUCUAGGGCCUGGUCCUUCCUGUGUUCCCUGUGUCGAGGGGCGGCUACGGGCUGCCCCUCACUCCUCUCAGUUUCCCCCGACAGAGGCCCCGCUGCAGACGCUUCACAUGGACGUGUGGGGCCCGGCCCGCGUCCGUGGAAAGGGUCACGAGCGCUACUUCUUGCUGGUGGUUGACGACUACUCGCGUUACACCUCAGUCUUCCCCUUGCGCAGCAAGGGUGAUGUCGCUGAGGUGUUGAUCGACUGGAUCCGCGCAGCUCGUCUCCAGCUCAGGAGGAGCUUUGGCUCGGACUUUCGUGUUCUGCUUCUGCACUCUGACCGAGACGGAGAGUUCUCCUCUGGCCUUCUGCAAGCCUACUACCGUGCGCGAGGCAUCCGCCAGACCUUUACACUUCUGGACUCUCCACAGCAAAAUGGGAUUGCUGAGCGCCGCAUUGGCAUGGUCAUGGACGUCGCUCGUACGUCCAUGAUGCAUGCGGCUGCCCCCCAUUUUCUGUGGCCGUUUGCGGUUCGGUACGCGGCGCAUCAGAUCAACCUUCACCCCAGGGUCUCCAUGCCGGAGACCUCCCCAGCCUUGCUGUGGACGGGGAAGGUCGGCGAUGCGUCUGUGUUCCGUGUCUGUGGAUCUCGGGCGUUUGUCCGCGACUUGUCUGCGGUCAAACUGUCCCCUCGUGCAGCUCCUUGUGUCUUCCUUGGCUUCCCCCCUAACGCACCUGGGUGGCAGUUCUACCACCCCUCCUCUCGUCGUGUUCUGUCCUCCCAGGACGUCACGUUUGACGAGUCGGUCCCCUACUACCGUCUCUUCCCCUACCGCACUCCUUCCCUCCCCCCGCCGCCGCACUUCCUUGUGCCAGGUCCCCCCCAGGUAGACCCCCUCCCCCCUCAGGGUCCUGCCCCUUCAGGUGUGUCCCAGGUAGACGCAAUCGAGCCGGUCGAGGUUGCUGGUGACUCUGGUACUGCUGCGGGUGCUGAGCCUGGGGGUGCUGUCUCUGGGGGUGCUGCGCGAGUGGGUGCUGAGCCUAGGGGUACUGAGCCUGGGGGUGCUACGACUGAGGGUGCUCAGCCUGGGGGUCCUUCGCCUGGGGGUGCUGCGUCUGGAGCUGCUGAGCCUGGUGGUGCUUCGAUUGGAGCUGCUGAGCUUGUGGGUACUGAGUCUGGAGCUGCUGAGCCUGGGUGUGCGGAGCCCGCGGCCGCUGGACGUGCUCGUGUGGCGUCUGGUGGUGUUGGGCCUGGUGGUUCUUCGGGUGCUUCGUCUCGGCGGGAGCCACUCUCUCCACAGGAGCUGCGCGAGUGGUUUGCCCAGCGCUGGAGGCGUACUGCUAGAGCUGGUGCUUUUUUGGCUGCUGAGGGUGCUGGUGCCGCCGGUCUCGGAGGUGCUAGCCCUAGGAGUGCUGGAGCUGGUGGGCCUGCGAGUGCGACUGGAGUCGGUGCUGCUGAGGGUGUUGGCGCUGAGACUACUGCUGUCAGUCCUAGCGGCAGUCUUGCUGCGGGUGCUGCUGGUGCUGCUGGAGGUACAGGAGGUGGAGGUGCUGUUGGCGCUGAUGCUGCCACUGGGGGUGCUGGUGCUGUCCCUAUUGUGUCUGGAGUCGCCGCGCGGCCUCGGCCGUACUUUGUUCCGCUCCUUCAGCAGGUUCUUGGUCUUCCUCCUCCCUUAGAGUGUCCACCGCCUGUCCAGUCACAGUCACAGUUACCGCCGGCCUCCCCACUGCCUGCUCCUUCUCCCUACACUGGUCCUACUAGAGGUCUUGCUGAGCGUCGUGAGCCUGCUUCUCGUCCUGCGUCGCCGGUUCGUGCUGCUCGCGCUAGUGGUCGUGGUUCGCAUCAGCGUCCUCCUCCUGUCCCUGACACGCACCGGAUGUCUCUGCGUCCGUCCACUGCUCCUCUGCGUGCCCCUUUGCCUUCUCCUCCUGAGUCCUCUCUUCCUGCCCUUGCCGACCCGGACUCAGACUCUCUUCGUGCUGCCAGUCUUACUGUCACGCGUCUCCUUGCUACUGUCGUCACUGACCCCUCUUUUGAGUCCACUGCUGCGUCUGCUCUUGUUGCUGAGCUCAUCGACUUUGCUGCUCGCUGUCGUCUAGACUACGCUGCUAGUCUCGUUGCUGAAUCUGCGUCAGUCUGUCCUCCGUCCGACGGGGGUGAGUGUGCUCUUGACACGGACGUCCUUGAGGACUGGCAGGAGGAGUUCCAGUGUCUGGCUGCUGCUUCACCUCAUCUCGUGUCCGUACUGCUUACCCUUGAGGGAGACCCGGAUGCACUUGACAUCCCGACUCCGUGCUCUUACGCGGAGGCCGUAGAGGGUCCCUACUCCUCUCACUGGGUGAAGCGGCCGCCGGGCUCUCCGCCUGUCUUCAAGGCGCGGUACGUGGCUCGUGGCUUCAGUCAGCGGCAGGGAGUCGACUACUUUCAGACCUUCUCUCCCACCCCAAAGAUGACCACUCUUUGGGUGCUGCUACACAUAGCCGCUCAGCGUGACUACGAGCUUCACUCCCUUGACUUCAGCACUGCUUUCCUGCAGGGUAGCCUGCACAAGGAGAUCUGGUUGCGUCGUCCACCUGGCUUCACUGGGACUUUCCCUCCUGGCACCCAGUGGAGCCUCCGACGGCCAGUCUACGGUGUCCGCCAGGCACCGCGCGGGUGGCACGACACACUGAGGACUACGCUUGCGGCUCUUGGGUUUGCUCCUUCUACUGCCGACCCGUCGUUGUUUCUACGCACCGACACCUCUUUGCCGCCGUUCUACAUCCUCGUCUACGUCGACGACUUGGUCUUUGCCACUGCUGAUACUGCUGGACUCGCCCACGUGAAGUCCGAGCUGCAGAAGAGACACACGUGCACAGACCUGGGUGAACUGCGCAGCUACCUUGGCUUGCAGAUCACCCGGGACAGAGCACGCCGCACCAUUACCCUGACUCAGUCACACAUGGUGCAGCAGGUCCUUCAGCGCUUCGGCUUCACGUACUCCUCGCCUCAGGCCACUCCUGUGCCUACUCGCCACUCGCUCUCAGCUCUGCCUUCGGAUGAGUCCGUAGAGUCGAGUGGCCCGUACCCAGAGCUUGUUGGCUGCCUCAUGUACCUGAUGACCUGCACACGACCUGCCUUGCAUACCCUCUUAGCAUCUUAG